CCAACAUUUAUGAAUAUGCUGCUUUAGAUUAUUGCAAUGUCGUACAUGAACGCGCAGGUGUAAUGGAUAAGUAUUGUCGGUAUCAUUUGAUUUCUGGUUUCGCUCUUAUUGGUUACUUCUGUGCAGCAGAGAACAAGUAUGGAACGAUAUCUUUGGUCGGGCCAGUUUUUGUGAACAGGGAGGUAACCCUGAAAGUAACACCGUUCUACCCUUGGAGAUGUGAGGUAGAAUGGAAAUACAUAAUGGAAGGUGGCACACGAUUUCAAACAAUGAAUGGGCCAAAUGUUACAAGAUAUUCGGAGAAUGGGCCAUUCUUUUUGAAAUGGAAAGCUUUGAAUAAAUACAACGGAUCUGAAUUCUACGCCGGAUGUUCAACAAACACAACAAUAAGAACACGCUUAAUACAGUUAAAUAUGACGGAUAUUCCUCGCCAAUGUGGGGCUGUCGUUCUUCUUAGCCCGGUUGUUCGCGGCGCCGACGUCAAACUAGGAUAUUUUCCGUCUGACGCUGCUAUAUCGCCACAUACAUUACAUAGACGAUUAUGGAAGAAAAACAUCGAAAAUAUACAGUUUCACAAAGGCCGUCAUUAUGUAGAGGAAAUAGUAUCUGAAUAUUUGUACAUAUUAACUAUAUUCCAUUUUAAUGAGAGAGACGAGGGAUCAUAUAGUUUAGAGUGCGAUACAGUGGAUAGCACGGAACCUGUGCAGCUUUAUAUUUCAGAGCGACCGAGUUAUCCAGUCCUCGGUCCACAGUACCCCGACUUUAACACAACAGAAUGCAUUUAUGUGUAUGCAGGCUCCGAUGUAUAUUGCAAAACUAACAAUGGAUCAGAACCCGUUAAAAGAAAGGAAGCCUGCCUGUUCUCACAGUUCCCGCAUUCCUUCAUGGAGAAAGUUCUACAUCAAUUUGUGAAGUGCGCAAUGCUAUUCCAGCUCCGGUUAUAG